GUCAAGAUAGCUAUCAAGGCCGUUCCCAUCAUCACAGCAAGAGACACAAUGAAGUCCCUAGCUUCAUCAGUGAGGUUGAAGGUGAGAGCUUCAUUUCGCCUUUAUUGUGACGGGCCCAUCUACGAUCUCUACCUUUCUCCACAUCUACUGUUCGUCUCAGAACAACGCCAAAGUUGGGCACAAACGCCACACCCGGCUGUGCCUCCCCUCACCGGCAACGCGUGCCCCAAUGUCGGCCCUUGGCGUUCUGUAGCCGGAGAACAAGACAAAUUGGAGCUUGCUUGAGCGGCUGAAAGAGAGGAAGAAACAAGAGAACAUACAGUACAAGGAAGAGGGAAUAAAGGAAAGAAGGGUUAUCCGUAUGACCCCCACAUGUGAUCACUUCCUGAUGGAAGCAACUCAUCUCCAUCUCCAUCUGCUCUCUCUCCCUUCUUCCUUCCUUCCUUGUUAUUUUAUGCUCCUUGGUUCCUCUCCUGUGCUUGGAGUCAAUCCGCUCCUCCAAGGAGAGGCCUUGUCGGCACUGCAAGGACAAAGCCAGCCCUUUCCUUCCGCCCCAAAGAAAUGGAGGCAACCUUUGGAAUCAUUGUGCCAAUAAUACACGCCUCCCUAUCUCUUAUCCAUUAGUCCUUCCAAGUGAUUCUUACAAGUAAAAUCACCCCCAAAAUAACAGCAGAUCAAUGGCUCCUCCCAAAGCAUCAUGUCAUUGAGUACAUAUACAAAGGCACUUCAGAUCUCCGAUCUGAAGAAGGUGAUAAGUACGAAUGAAGGUGUAUGCAUAGGACAAUAAUAUACAUGUUGAGACAACUGUUAGUGAUCAUAAAACUUUAGGAUACAUGUGAUCUGCCUUGGCAGGUUUAGCUGUCUGGUUGAUUCUUUGGGAGCAGUGUUGUGUGCCUCAUAAUAUUUGAAUGGAGAUGAACAAGUGGGCCUUCUUAUUUGAUUAUGGCGUUUCUUGGCACUGUCUGUACCGUCCUUUUCUAGCUUCAGAAAGACUCGAACUGCUGCACUAAGCCAAAGGACUGGGAUUUGUUUGGCAUGCGUCGAGAGCCCACUAAACUAUGCUGGUGAGAGUCUGUGUAGAGAGCCUUAAAUCCUGCACCCAUUGGGUAUGUGAAGCUUGCCGCUUUCUCCAAGGAAGCUCUUCACCUGAGGUUGCCAAUAGCGGAAUCUGAUAGAGCAACUCAAAAUUGCAUGUCAUCGGCUCAUCGCCUCUUUUCCUUUCUUGCUUCUGUAAAGAAAGCAUCGGUCAAUCGUUGCUGCUUAUCAGUUUCACAGAUCAGCAGCAAACUGUUGUUUGAGAUCAUUUCCAUCAAGGAAUUGGUUGCGAGUCUAACGAUUCUAACAUUUCAGAAGAUCAAUGCCGAGAUACAUGCAACAGACCGACAAGGAGUACGUGAAGAUUGCGAUGUUGAAGCAGGAAGAAAUCUUUAGAUAUCAGGUCCAUGAACUCCAUCGUCUGUACCGAAUUCAGCAGCAGUUGAUGGGAGACAUGAAGAUUGCCGAAAUGAAAAGGCAAAAAGGGCGCACACGAGCAGAUACCGAGCUACUUGAUGCAGAGGAUGAGACAGGGCCUCGUCGGACGCUUGACCUGGAACUCCCGGCAGGGGUCGUGCUCGACGCCGACGAAGAGAGCGACUUGGAGCUGACUCUCGCCACCGGAAGCGGCGGAGCUCGACGGAAGAAGAAGGACGCAUCAUUGACUUCGGAUUCAGCGUCCAGCUUUUCCUCAUCCUCGAACGAGUACGGGAACAUGCACAUGAAACGAAACCGCAACGAGUGGGUGCUGCAUCAGCUGGCGGAUGAAUCCACAAGGUUCGGUCGUGAUGGAAAGAGUAGGUUCGACAUGGAGGAACAGAUGAGGAAGGAUGGACUGAAGCAGCCUCAUUGGCUCUUUCCCUGUUCCAAACGUGACAUGCUGGUGUCUUUUGGAUUGUAAUGGUUCAUAGAAUCACUGCUUUCCAUUGUAUUUGACUGCUUAGUUUGCUUCCAACAAAGAAAGUUACAGCCAUUUAGAACAACCA